AUGCUCGCACGCCGCGCCCUCGCAAGGUUGCGGCCAUCUCUACGCACAAUCCGCCAACAAACACUACGAACAAAAACAGCCUUGCGCAAAAACUCCACCAAGCCUCCCUCCUCCCCCUCUUCCUCAUCAUCGUCCCGCGCCGCAGACCGCAUCCUCGACCGCGUCCCCCUCCGCUUCCAAAAAUACACCACCGGUCUCCGCAAAGCGCCCGUCUCGCACGUAGUCGCGUUCCUGAUCCUCCACGAAAUCACCGCCGUCGUGCCUCUCCUCGGCCUCUUCGGCUUCUUCCACUAUACAAACUUUUUACCGCUCGAGUACGUUACGGGUCACUGGGCGGAAUACGUCAGGGAUGGCGUGGGUAUGGCGGAGAGGUAUUUCAGUAGGAAGGGGUGGUUUGGGUUCGAAGCUCAGGACCGAGGGACGAUGACGGGGCAGUUGGAGAGGGACGAGGAGUUCGAGAGCACGCAGGAUAUACUGGAGAAGUGGCAGAAGGAUGGAAAGUACAAGGUCGUGGUGGAGGUUGCUAUGGCUUGGGCGAUUACGAAGGCGCUGCUGCCGGCGAGGAUACUCGUCAGCGUGUGGGGGACGCCGUGGUUUGCGGGUGUAAUGGGCAGGGCACGCGGACUAUUUAGAUCCAGUCGGUAA